CACGCGAGAUCUCGCAGAAUUGCGUCACGUCUCUGUUCCUAGCUGCCAUUUGUCCGAAAAGGAAAUUCCAUAUUGUUUAUGAGUCAGAAGGUAGAAAAACCAACGCUAUCAGGUCAGCGGCUAAAGACCAGAAAAAGGGAUGAAAAGGAGAAGUAUGAUCCUGUAGCCUUCCGAGACACCAUAAUACGAGGAUUCAACGAAGCCGGCAACGACCUUGAUAAAGUGUCCAAAUAUCUUGACGCAGCUGGUAACAAACUCGACUACAGACGUUAUGCAGAGGCCCUCUUCGACAUAUUGUUUGCUGGCGGCCUGUUAGCUCCAGGUGGGAGCAUCGUUGGCGACGAAGAUCAUUCCAAGGUUGCUCGCACUGAAGUGUGCGUCUUGAAGUCUCAAGGGGACCUUGAGUCGAUAACACAAUAUGUUCAGGUGUUCAACAAGCUGAUUCGUCGCUAUAAGUAUCUGGAGAAGUACUUUCAAGAUGAGGUGAAAAAGGUAUUGUUGUUCCUCAAGGGGUUUACCCCUGAGGAACGGAACAAGCUGGCUAUCAUAAUGGGCUUGUUUCUAGCAAGUGGCCAAGUCGUCCCCACGUGUUUGCCUGCACUGAAGCAAGAUGCCCUAGUGAAAGAGGGCAUCGCGAUGGAGUUCACCUUGCUGAUGCUUCGCACAUGGCUGAAUGAGAAGGACGUGACUUCUGUUGCUACUGCAAUACGUAGGUCUGGCCUAGAUCUAAUGGAUCUUCUACCUCUCAACAAGCGCGUAUUUGAGAACUUGGCCAUUGUGCUGGCAGAUGCCAAACUGGAAGCAUUAAUCUCACUUGAGCGUGACAAGCAGAGCGUUGGCGUGAAGAAAGACCUGCAGAGCAGUCUGACAGAGCGCAUCAAUGACGGAGAGCCCAUCAAGGAAACUGUUGCCUACGUGCUGGAGACGUCAAAGAAGUACUCGUUCAAUGAAAAUGAGAUUGUCGUACUGGUUUGGACAGCAAUGAUGGCAAGCGUGGAGUGGAACAAAAAGGAGGAUCUGCUGCAAGAACAAGCUUUGAAACACGUGAAAAUGUAUGUGCCACUGCUUUCUGCACUCACCACUCAGAAUAAGUCAGAGCUGGCACUUGUGGUGAAGAUACAGGAGUACUGCUAUGACCACAUGACCUUCAUGAAGAUGUUUCAAAAGAUAAUUGUUCUGUUGUACAAAGUGGAAGUACUGAGCGAGGAGGUUGUGCUUCUGUGGUACAAGGAGGGACAUUCUACCAAGGGCAAGAGUGUAUUCCUCGAUCAAAUGAAGAAGUUUGUCGAAUGGUUGCAGAGUGCUGAAGAAGAGUCAGACUCUGGUGAUGACGACUAAAAUCCGAAAAACACCGAAGCCAAAAGAACCAGCUGUUCAUACAUACAUCUACAUUUUGUACUGUACUCACUUUUUUGUCUAUACACUUAUAUUGUUUGACCAUCAAACUACCAGCUAUUUUAUUACAGUAGUCCUGUGUUUCUGUUGUCUAAUCCUCCGAGAAAAUAACGUGUAAGUCACCUCUUACAAAUGAAUGGAUGCGGCAAAAGUCUUUUAGGUGUUGGAUUGGAAAUUUAUUAUUUUUCGAUGUAUAGAAUGCUGUGAAAUGAGCCCAGUAUGUGGCCCUGGAUGAAUUUUGAACAGGAUAUUAUGUCUAAAAUGUCUGUACGCAAUUGUGCAUGGCGCUUGUUUGUCAUUUGGGAGAAGAGGUGUUUUAUGUAACAAAGUUGAAUUUGUGGAUGGAAACCAUCUGUGUUGUUUGGAAGUGAAUUUUCAAGAACAUAGAGGCAAUACCCUGCUCUUUGUUGUUUACCAGCAUUACUGGCAGCAUCUCUACUCCCAGAUUUAAAUGUAAAACGUUACGUGAAAAGAUAAAAAGAUGGAAAGUGAAAAUGUGAAGGAGUUGUGUAUUCGGACAUAGUUGUUGUGUUAUUGAGAUAUAAUUUAUGGCUCCACAAUCGUGUUGUGUGUAUGCAUGGAUGUGAGUGUAUGCACGUACGUGGGUGCGUGCGCCGUCGUGUGCACGUGCAUGCCCGCGCGCGUGUUUGUGCGUCUGUAUGCCUGUUUGUGCAUGCAUUCGUGCGUGUGAGUGCAGUAGCAAGAGAGACAGGUUGUUAGUUUAUAAUAUCGUACCAACGUAAGUACAGCGCACCACUUACUGUUAUUGCGAGCAAACAUUGUCAUGAUCGUAACAUAGUAUUUAAAGCCUGUUCGUUUCAUAUUGGUAACCAACUCUGGGAGAUUUUGUCUUGGUGAGUAGCCUUAACAGCUUGUACCACGACUUAUGUGCAACCAGGCUAUCUCUAUGUCACUUCCGUAGUGUUGAAACUACCACUUCGGUUGCCAACUGUUCGGGUUGCUUUCCCAAGGGUGGUUAUUUUAGAGCAAGAUUGUAGACUGGUGUUUAUGAUUGUGAUUGGAAAUUUAUGGAGAAGAUGAAAUUGGCCAUGUGUACAAUUGUGUUUUCAAAUAAAAUGGGAAAAUUGUGUAAAAAUAUUA